AUGUCUGUUCCCAACGGCAAGCCCAUUGCGGGCGCCGAUGGUACUAUAUCCACUAGACCGCUUGUCAUUCAAGCGGGGACGGAAAGGAUUUCCUUCCCAGUUCCCGCUACAGGCAGCACCUGGAUUGCUGCUGAAGUACUUCGCGAAGAAUUCAAACACGAAUAUACUCCCCGUGAUGUGCCCCAACCCGAACAAUCUGAAGAAGAACCUACAGCAAAUUCAGCUGCAAUACUUGAAGCACAGAUCGAACUCGCAGCCGCCUUUUUGGGAUCCGUUGCGGCUAAAAUUAACGCUGAUUCGCAGUCGGCUCACGCGCGCGUCCAAGUUUUGCAGGCUAUUACCGGCCAUUUCACUUCGACGUUCUUGUCUGAACGCGAUAUCCACUCUAUUGCUGCAACUUUUGACCCCGAUGUCCGUAAAUCGGUUCUUACCUCGUACUUUUUGGCCAUCAAUGCGCUUGAGGUACACGAUCCCAGACAUGUCCCCCGCCAGCCCCGAUCUGCACUCUUCGAGGCAGCUGUGUUAGGCAAAGCCGAAAUUUAUGCGCUUUUUGGAGGUCAGGGCACCAAUGAAGUAUAUUUUGACGAACUCAGGUCGCUCUAUGAGAUCUAUAGGCCUCCCUCCAUCGAGUACCUCGCAUCUGUUCCCGUUUCCCUCCCUGUAAUUGGGCUCACUCAGCUCGUACAAUAUCUCGUUGUAGCCUCAGCCACUGCACUCACACCCGGUGAGCUCCGAGACCGCCUCAAGGGUGCUACUGGACACUCCCAAGGGAUCCUUUCCGCAGUCGUCGCUGCUACUUCCACCGACCUCGAAUCUUUCUCCAAAAAUUCUGCCAAGGCUCUCCGAUGGCUAUUGUGGGUCGGCGCUCGUGGGCAGGAGGCCUUCCCGGUCCUCGCAGUUGAGCCAAGUAUCGUCAAGGAUUCUGUUGAUGGAGGUGAGGGUGUACCUUCGCCCAUGCUUAGCGUGACCGGCCUUCCUCUUGCCGCCCUCGAGAAACAUAUUACUGGGGUAAACAAACAUCUACCAAAGAACUCACAGCUCGGGGUCUCCCUUCACAAUGGAUCGCGUGCAUUUGUCGUUACUGGGCCACCUCGCGCGCUGUACGGCCUUGUUACCGCACUGCGUAAGGUUCGUGCUCCUAGCGGACUCGACCAGAGUAAAGUUCCCUUUUCGCAACGCAAGGCUGUCUUCAACGUCAGGUUCUUGGUUGUUGGCGUACCAUACCACUCACAUUACCUUGACGGUGCCACGGAAAAAGUUUUAGCAGACCUUGGUGAGGAACUCUGGGAUGUAAAGGAAUUAGGAAUCGCGGUAUAUCACACCGAAACUGGCGCCGACCUCAGGGAACUUUCUACUUCACUUACCCGCUCACUCUGCGAACAGGUUUUCUCGCUCCAUAUUCAUUGGACAAAGGCCACAGCCUUCCCAGAUUCUGCAACUCAUGCCAUUGACUUUGGACCCGGAGGGUUGAGUGGUAUCGGAUCUUUGACGGCCCGUGGACUGGAUGGUCGUGGUGUUCGUGUAGUCAUUGUAGGCGAGAAGGGUAAGAAUGGUGCCGAAGUCUACGAUUCAACCAACGUGAGGAUCGAGAGCUGGUGGUCCAAGAAAUGGACUCCUGGUCUUGUCAAAACUAGUCCAACUCGACACCCCAUUCUCUCGGUUGCUUGGAAAACCCCUAUCAUGGUUGCGGGCAUGACUCCUACUACUGUCAAGGCCGGCUUCGUCUCUGCCGUGCUCCGCGCUGGUUACCACGUCGAACUUGCUGGCGGUGGACAUUAUAACGCCGCUGCGCUCCGUGCCAAAGUUGCCGAAAUUCAGGCUCAAAUUCCAGCUGGUGUUGGCCUUACUCUCAAUGCUCUAUACAUCAACCAGCGCCAAUUUGGCUUCCAAUUCCCUCUCUGGCAAGAAAUGCGCCGCGAGGGCCUCCCAGUUGAAGGUUUCUGUGUUGCUGCUGGUAUUCCGAGCACCGAGAAGGCCAAGGAAAUCAUCGACGCACUCAGUGCGGCAGGAAUCCGACAUGUCUCUUUCAAGCCCGGGUCCGUCGACGGCAUCCGUCAAGUUGUCAACAUUGCUUCCCGACACCCCAACUUCCCCAUUAUCCUUCAGUGGACCGGCGGCCGGGCCGGAGGACAUCAUUCGUGCGAGGACUUCCACCAGCCCAUCCUUCAGACCUACGGUGCCAUCAGACAGCAGGCCAAUAUUGCUCUUGUUGCUGGUUCUGGGUUUGGUGGAGCCGAGGAUGUCUGGCCUUACAUGAGCGGAGAGUGGAGUGCUCAAUUUGAUGCACAACCUAUGCCAUUCGACGGUGUACUGUUUGCGAGCCGUGUUAUGGUCGCCAAAGAGGCGCACACGAGCAAGAGCGUCAAAGAUUUGAUCGUCGCCGCGGCUGGUGUGGAUGAUUCCAAGUGGGAGGGCACAUAUGCUAAGGAAACCGGUGGUAUCCUCACUGUGCAAUCCGAAUUAGGCGAGCCAAUUCACAAGGUCGCUACUCGUGGUGUCAAGUUAUGGAAGGAAUUCGACGAUACUGUCUUCAAGCUACCCAAGGAGAAGCGCGCUGCCUGGCUGGCGCAAAACAAGGACAUGGUUAUCGAGAAGCUAAACAAGGACUUUGCGAAGCCCUGGUUCGCGCAAAAGGGCGAUGGCCGUGUUGCGGGAGAUAUUGCUGAUAUGACUUACGAGGAAGUUGUGCGUCGCAUGGUUCGAUUGAUGUACGUCGAGCACCAGACUCGUUGGGUUGAUCGCUCGCUCCGUAAUCUUGUGGGCGACUGGCUCCGUCGCGUUGAAGAGCGCUUCGCAGGAGGAGACGUCCGCCGUUCCGAAUCCAUAUUGCAGUCUUUUACCGAGCUCGAUGUUCCUCAGAAAUUCUUGGAUGAAUUCUUCAACACGUAUCCUUUGGCGAGCGAGCAACUCCUUUCUGCCGAAGACAAGGCCUACUUCUUGGCCAUCUCACAACGACCCGGACAGAAACCAGUACCAUUUAUCCCCAUUUUAGACGCCAGCUUUGAGGUCUGGUUCAAGAAGGAUUCUCUCUGGGCCGCAGAAGAUAUCGAGGCCGUCUUUGACCAGGAUCCCCAGCGUGUAUGCAUUUUGCAGGGUCCUGUUGCAGUCAAGCACGCUAAGGUCGCGGACGAACCUAUUCAAGAUAUGCUCGACAGUGUCGCAUCCGGCCUUGUUUCCAAAUUCCUCGAAAAGUACUACGGCGGCGAUGAAUCCAAGGUUCCCACUAUCGAUUACAUUGGGGCGCCACCCGCCUCAGAACCAGUUGGAGUUGCUGAGAAGUAUGGUAUCAAGAUUGAGGAAACCGAAUCCGGGGCAAAGCUUACACUAGGCCAGUCUCUACCUCCUCUGUCCGCAUGGAUGGAAUUGCUCGCAGGCCCCAAAGUCUCCUGGCUUCGCGCCGCUCUUACUUCCGUCAAUAUUAUACAAGGUGGAUCUUACAUCGAUAAUCCUUUCAAGCGUAUCUUUGCUCCUCGUCGGGGACAGGUUAUUUCCAUCCAACUGAAGAACGAUCGGCCUUCCCAAAUCAUCGUAAACGGCGCUGCCCGAUCCCAUGGCGUUCAUGACCCCAAUUUCAAGGCCCUCGAACUCACAUUUGAUCCUUCCUCUUCUCGUAUUUCUCUCACUAUCUUCGAAGAGCGUACCGGCUCGAGCAUCCCUCUCCAACUUGCCUUUGAUUACAAACCCAGUAUGGGCUACGCUCCUAUCCAUGAAGUCAGCGACGGUCGCAACUGGCGCAUCAAGGAAUUCUACUGGAAGCUGUGGUUCGGCGAUAACGAAGCACUUCCCGAGAUCGACAUCCGAGAUACGUUCGUCGGACCUGAGGUCACUAUUACUGCGGAAGACGUUGAGCGAUUCUGUGCUGUUGUCGGUAACCAAGGGGAGCAAUUCAAGUCUGCUCGUAAUGAGCGCGUACAAGCCCCAAUGGAUUUCGCCAUUGUCACUGGCUGGCAGGCUAUCAUGCGCUCGAUCUUCCCCAAAGCUGUUGAUGGCGACCUUUUGAAGCUUGUUCACCUUUCGAACGGAUUUAAGAUGGUCGAGGGCGCUACACCUCUGUUGGUCGGCGAUGUUUGCAAAGCUGAAGCUCGCAUUGCGUCCGUAAUCAAUAGCGACAGCGGCAAGACUGUCAAGGUUACCGGGUUCGUGCUGCGUGAAGGCAAGCCAGUUAUUGAAGUAUCAUCAUCGUUCCUCUACCGUGGCACAUUUACCGACUACCAAAACACGUUCGAGAUUGUUGAGGAGCCGGAAUACGUUGUCAAGAUCGAUUCAGCUGUCGAUGUCGGUGUUUUGAGCUCCAAGGAGUGGUUCGAGUGGGACAACGAUUCUGAGCCGCUCAAGCCAGGCACCACUUUGAUCUUCAAGGUGAAGAGCGAGUAUAAGUACAAGGCCAAGGCCACCUAUUCUUCCGUAGCUGUAGCCACCAUAUCAUAUUCCACCGGCCAUGCCCACGGCAACCUCGUACUUUCCUAUCUUUCACGGCACGGUGAAGUCCAAGGCGAUGUCAAGAAGCUCGAAGGAAAUGGCUAUAGUCUCACAUCUUCCGCUGUUUCGUCUUCAUUCAUUGCUCCAGCUACCAACGAGCCCUACUCUAAGACCUCUGGCGACUACAAUCCUAUUCACAUCAACCCCUACUUCUCCGACUAUGCCGUUCUUCCUGGCACUAUUACUCAUGGCAUGUGGUCUAGUGCUGCGACCCGCAAGUAUGUCGAAAACGUUGUUGCACAAGGCAAGCCGGAGCGAGUCCUCCAAUACGACGUUUCCUUUGUUGGAAUGGUCCUCCCAGGCGAUGAGUUAGCCGUUAAGCUUACGCACUACGGAAUGCGCGACGGAAACUUGGCAAUUAAGGUCGAGACCAGCAACCAGCGUGGUCAACGCGUACUAAGCGGUACAGCCGAGGUGGCCCAAGUACCUACCGUUUACGUCUUCACUGGACAAGGCUCCCAAGAACCAGGUAUGGGUAUGGAGCUGUACAACAACUCACCUGCCGCUCGCGCUGUUUGGGAGGCUGCCGAUGCUCAUCUGCUCGCCGUCUAUGGGAUCUCGAUCGUCGACAUUGUCAAGAAUAACCCCAAAGAGAAGACGAUCCACUUUGGUGGUAUCAAGGGCCAAGCAAUCCGCCAACGUUACAUGUCCAUGUCCUACGAUACUACCGAUAAGGACGGCAAUGUCAAGACUCUCCCCCUCUUCGCCGAUAUCAACGUCCGAACCCCCCAGUACACUUUCAGUCACCCCAACGGUCUCCUGUUUGCCACUCAAUUCGCACAGAUCGCCCUGGUCGUCACUGAGAAGGCGGCCUUCGAAGAUAUGAAAUCUAAAGGACUCGUGCAAACGGACUGCGCAUUCGCCGGACACUCGCUUGGAGAGUACUCCGCUUUAGCAUCUAUCGCAGAUGUCCUUGCCAUCUCGGCUCUCGUCGAUGUCGUCUUCUACCGUGGUAUCACCAUGCAGCGUGCAGUCGAGCGUGACGAGCACAAUCGCUCCAAUUAUGCUAUGUGCGCUGUCAAUCCUAGCCGCAUUGGCAAGAGCUUCAGCGAUGCUGCUCUCCGUGAGGUUGUCGACAGUGUUUCCCAUGAGACGAAUUUGUUGUUGGAGAUUGUCAAUUUCAAUGUCGAGGGACAACAAUACGUUUGCGCCGGAGAGCUUCUUGCGCUUGAAACCCUCACCAAUGUCCUCAACUAUCUCAAGAUCAAGAAGAUUGACAUUCAACAGCUGACCGAGCAAUUCACUAUCGAGCAAGUUAAAGAAAUGCUGAAGGACAUAAUCAUGAGCUGCCUCGAGAAGGCCAAGGAGAAACAGAAAGCCGAGGGCCAUAUCAAACUUGAGCGAGGAUUCGCGACCAUCCCUCUUCCCGGUAUCGAUGUGCCGUUCCACUCGCGCUACCUUUGGGCCGGAGUCAUGCCUUUCCGUGCAUAUCUUUCAAAGAAAAUUAAUCCGCUUCAUCUUAACCCCGACCUCCUCAUCGGCAAAUACAUUCCCAAUCUCAUCGCAAAGCCAUUCGAAGUCACAAAGAACGACUGGGGCUCUCCUGAGCAACGACAGAAACUUGCAUACACAAUCCUAGUCGAACUUCUCGCGUACCAAUUUGCGUCUCCGGUCCGAUGGAUUCAGACUCAGGACUUGCUAUUCACCUACUACAACUUCGAGCGUCUUAUCGAACUUGGUCCCGGCCCCACCCUCACUGGAAUGGCCACUCGUACUCUCAAGGCCAAGUACGAAGCCGCAGAUGGGUCUGUUAGCCGUGUCCGCCAGAUCCUUUGCCAUGCCAAGAACCCCAAGGAAAUAUACUAUCAAUUCGAGGAUGAAGUCGUCGAUGCCCCCACUCAAACGGUCGUCGAGACUCCCGCCCCAGCUGCGGCCACUCCUACUCCUGUUGCAGCACCUGUUGUUGUCACUCCUGUCGCUCCCGCCGGUGGAGCCGCUGCUAUUCCUGACGAGCCUCUCAAGGCGGUUGAUACCCUCCGUGUCAUCAUUGCGCAGAAGCUCAAGAAGAAAGUCGACGAAGUGCCUAUCAGCAAAGCGAUCAAAGAUUUAGUCGGGGGCAAAUCAACUCUCCAGAACGAAAUAUUGGGAGAUCUUCAGCUCGAAUUUUCGUCCCACCAGAAAAGGGGGAGGAGCUUCCUCUUGACGACUCGGAGCAGCCUUGAGUGUGGGAUGCCCGGUGGCUUCAACAUUACUACUGCAAAGGCCCACCUUAACAAAACAUGGGGUCUUGGUCCUGCUCGCUCCGACGCCGCUCUCUUGCUGGGUGUGACUAUGGAACCGGCUAAGCGUCUGGGGUCUGAGGCUGAGGCUAAGUCCUGGCUCGAUUCGGUAGCUAGGGAGUAUGCCAACAAGCAAGCAUUACUUUGUCGUCUGGAGGCGGCGGUGGAGGUGUUCCAAGCCGAGCAACAACUCUUUGCAUCUCAACAUGUCGAGCUCUACAUGCGCUAUCUCAAGCGCGAUUCUCGAUCUGGUGCCCGCGCUUACGACGAAGAGAAGCAAAAUGCUGCCACCCUGCAAGCCAAACUCGAUGACAUUGCAAAGGAGCAUGGAGAUGCAUAUAUCCAAGGUAUCCAGCCCAUCUUCGAGCCUCUCAAGGCCCGCCAUUUCAAUUCGUCGUGGAAUUGGGUGCGACAAGAUGCGCUCUUAAUGUGGUACGACAUAAUCUUUGGUCGCCUCACCACGGUCGAUCGUGAAAUCACCUCUCGCUGCAUCGCCAUCAUGAACCAAAGGGAGACCUACGCACUUGCCAAGCAAUUUGGACAGCAACUAAUCGACAACUGCCGUGAAGUUCUUGGGCAGCCACCCUUGUACCGCGAUGUUACGUUCCCUACCGCCCCCAAGACAGAAGUCAAUCAAAAGGGUGAUAUCAUUUACUCGGAAGUUGUUCGAGAAGGUGUACGAAAACUCGAGGCUUAUGUUGAAGAAAUGGCCAGUGGUGAUAACAUUCCUGGAAAUGUCAACAUCCAGAAAGUUCACGAUGAUGUUGUCAAACUCUGGAACGUCGUUAAAUCUCAACCGGAGAUCAGUCAGGAGCAAAAGAGCCGUAUCAAGUCUCUCUACGACGGUGUUGUUCGAUCCCUCCGAAAGGGCCCCGAGUCGAAACCUUCCCGCCCAACCGCCAGGACACGCCGCGCAUCUUCUCAGUUCCUUCGUCCUCAGGUGUCGCAAGUUACCUCGCUCUCAGAUGACAAGAUUCCCCUCCUCCAUCUCAAGCGUAAAGUUGGCGGAAACUGGGAGUAUAGCAAUAAUCUGACAGGUGUAUAUCUCGAUGUCCUUCACGAAAUUGCGACUUCUGGUACUUCAUUCAAGGAUAAGAACGCACUUCUCACUGGUGUCGGAAAAGGCUCCAUCGGCGUCGAAAUUCUGAAGGGUCUUCUUCAAGGAGGCGCCCGGGUUGUUGUUACUACUUCCCGCUAUAGCCGUGCAUCCGUCGAAUACUACCAGGGAAUUUACCACCAAUGCGGUAGCCGUGACUCCUCUCUGACUGUCGUCCCCUUCAACCAAGGUUCCAAGCAAGAUGUCGAGGCACUCGUCGAUUAUGUCUACUCUAAUCUGGGCAUGGAUCUCGAUUAUAUUCUUCCUUUCGCUGCUAUUCCCGAGAACGGUCGCGAAAUCGACGGAAUUGAUGACCGCUCUGAGCUCGCACAUCGUGUCAUGUUGGUAAACCUGCUCCGCCUCCUUGGUGCUGUCAAGAACAAGAAAGCUUCCCGGCGCAUCGUUACUCGUCCAACUCAAGUUAUUCUUCCUCUUUCUCCCAACCAUGGUCUUUUCGGUAACGAUGGCUUGUACUCGGAGUCCAAGAUCUCUCUCGAGACGUUGUUCCAACGGUGGAAUUCGGAAUCCUGGGGCGAGUACCUCUGUCUAGCCGGUGCUGUCAUUGGAUGGACCCGCGGUACUGGUCUCAUGGGUGCCACGAAUAUGGUUGCACAGCAAGUUGAAUCCUAUGGAGUCCGCACAUUCUCAGCCAACGAGAUGGCUUUCAACAUCCUUGGUCUCAUGCACCCUCUUCUCUUCAGCAUUACUCAAGUCGAACCUAUUUGGGCAGACCUCAACGGUGGUAUGGAUCGCCUUGCUGACCUCGCUGAAAUCACGACCAAGAUCAGGCUCGAGAUCAACCACCAGAGUGACCUUCGCCGCGCCAUCGCCCGCGACAAUUCUGCCGACUUCAAGGUUGUCAAUGGAAGCGAAGCAGAGCGGGCUCUCCAGACCGUCACCGUUACCCCCCGUGCCAAUCAUAGAUACAACUUCCCCGAACUCGAGGCACCCGAGGCUCUCGAGCAGCUAAGCAAGCUGCAAGGCUUGGUGGACCUCGAAAAGGUCAUUGUCGUGACCGGAUUUGCCGAGGUUGGACCUUGGGGUAGCUCUCGUACUCGCUGGGAGAUGGAAGCUCGUGGCCAAUUCACGAUUGAAGGCUGCAUAGAGAUGGCAUGGAUGAUGGGCUACAUUAAGCACUUUGACGGCCGCCUGAAGAACGGCAACCUCUACGUUGGUUGGGUGGACUCGAAGAGUGGGGAUCCAGUCGAUGAUAAGGAUGUCCGUGGCAAGUACGAAAAGGAAAUCCUCGAGCACACUGGCAUUCGUCUCAUCGAGCCUGAGCUUUUCAAGGGGUACGAUCCCAAGAAGAAAGUGUUCCACCAGGAGAUCGAGCUCAAUCACGACCUCGAGCCACUCGAAGUAUCUGAAGCCGAGGCACGCAAGUUCAAGCUCGAGCAUGGGGAGAAGGUUGAUAUCUGGGCCCAAGAAUCGGGUGAAUACUUUGUUAAACUCAAGAAGGGCGCCCGUGUCCUCGUUCCCAAAGCAUUCCGUUUCGACCGUCUGGUUGCUGGACAGAUACCUACCGGAUGGGAUGCAGGGCGUUAUGGAAUUCCUCAGGACAUUAUUACUCAAACCGAUCGCACCGCGCUCUGGGCUCUCGUCUGCGCCGCCGAAGCACUCAUCAUGUCUGGUGUUACUGACCCAUACGAACUCUACAAGCAUGUCCACCCGUCUGAAGUCGGCUCUAGCUUGGGUAGUGGAAUGGGUGGAAUGCAGAGUUUAGCUGCCAUGUUCAAGGAUCGACGUGAAGAAAAGGACGUGCAAAAGGACAUUCUUCAAGAAACUUUCAUCAACACUGUCGCCGGAUGGGUCAACUUGCUCUUGCUUUCGUCUAGCGGGCCUAUCAAGAUUCCAGUCGGCGCUUGCGCUACUGCUGUCCAAUCUCUCGAGAUCGCAUGCGAUACCAUUCUAUCUGGCAAGGCUAAAGUGAUGAUUGCGGGAGGCUUUGACGAUUUCAGCGAAGAAGGCUCGUACGAGUUUGCCAACAUGAAGGCAACGAGCAACACCGACACUGAGUUUGCCAUGGGCCGCGAACCAAAUGAAUUCUCGCGCCCGACCACCAGCACUCGCGCAGGGUUUAUGGAAUCGCAAGGUGCCGGUGUGCAAGUGCUAAUGAGUGCCAAGACCGCUAUCGAAAUGGGAUGCGCAAUCCAAGGCAUUAUCGCUUUCACUUCGACGUCGACCGACAAGGCUGGCCGCUCUAUCCCUGCUCCUGGCCGUGGUGUGCUCUCCGUCGCCCGUGAAAUCACCCCGAAGCAGCCCUUGCGGAUUCUCGAUGUCGACUACCGUGUCCGCCAACUCGCGUUCCGGCGAAAGCAAAUUUCUGAAUGGAUGGAGAACGAACUCGAGGACCUGAGGGACGACCCGGACGCAGCGGAACUUGUUGCAGAAGUCGAGAGGGAGGCGGCUAGACAGGAAAAAGACGCACUCGCCACGUACGGAAUGCUCGAGGGCUCUGACCCGCGUAUCGCCCCUCUCCGCCGCGCUCUUGCCGUUUGGGGAUUGACGGCCGACGAUAUUGGUGUGAUUUCGAUUCACGGCACGAGUACCAAGGCCAACGAUCUGAACGAGCCUCAUAUCUACAAUGACAUCUUUACUGCCAUCCACGAACUCCCGGAAAUGCUGUUCCUGUUAUCGCUCAGAAGAAUCUCACUGAGCGUCAACUCGGGUAUCAUUCCUGGCAAUCGCAACGCCGACAACAUCGACCCAGCCCUGCGCGAAUUCGACUACCUCGUCUUCCCAUCGAGGUCAAUCCACACGGACGGCAUCAAAGCCGGACUGAUGACAUCCUUUGGCUUUGGCCAAGUCGGGGGCUCGGCCCUCGUCCUCCACCCGCGGUACCUCUUUGGCGCACUGAGCACAUCGGAAUACAGAGUCUACACGGAACGCAACCGCGCGCGCGCAAUGGCGAGCUACAAGGCGAUGAGCGAGAUGAUGACGACGCACAGCCUGGUCAAGAUCAAAGAGCACCCGCCGUUUGCGCCCGAGCUCGAGGCCGAGGUGUUGCUCAACCCGCUGGCGCGCACGUCGCUCGACAAGGCCGGCGAGUUUUCGUUUGCGAAAAAGCUGGACAGGUCGCCUCGGGUGGCCGAGGAGAACCGGGACGUGUUGGUCAGUGCGCUCAAGGGUGUCCAGGGCGAUUUCAAGGGCGUGGGCGUCGACCAAGGUGGGUUUUUUACUAUGUGCUCGAUGGGGGUGGUGCUCAUGGGCUCGAGGACAGAACUGAUUUCGGCCGUGCCGUCGCACAAUGCGAACUUUGUCAAGCGCAACUUUACCGAGUCGGAGAUUACCUAUUGUCGUGCGCAGCCCCAUCCCGAAGCCUCGUUUGCGGCUCGGUGGGCAGGCAAAGAGGCCGUGUUCAAGGCGCUAGGUGUCAAGUCCAAGGGCGCGGGCGCUGCGAUGUCUGAUAUCGAGAUUCUGCCCGACGGGAACGGUGUGCCUUGCGUCACGCUCCACGGAGACGCGAAAAAGGCUGCUGACGAAAAGGGGGUGGCCAAGGUGUUGGUGUCUCUGAGCCAUUCCGAGAACGUAGCUAUUGCGUUUGCGCAAGCAUCAUGA